AUGAAAAUUAGAAGCGGAGGCCAUGAUUAUGAGGGUGUAUCUUAUGUGUCCGAAGUUCCGUUCUUCCUCCUCGACAUGUUUAAUCUUCGAUCCAUCAACAUAGACAUAAGUUCCGAGACUGCAUGGGUCCAGGCUGGGGCAACUCUUGGUGAACUUUUCUACAGAAUUUAUGAGAAAAGCAAAAUCCAUGGCUUUCCUGCCGGUGUUUGUCCUACAGUUGGUGUUGGUGGCCACUUUAGUGGAGCUGGAUAUGGCAAUUUGAUGAGGAAGUACGGCCUAUCCGUGGACAAUAUAAUUGAUGCGCAACUGAUGGAUGUGCACGGGAGACUUCUCGACCGAAAAUCAAUGGGAGAAGAUCUGUUUUGGGCCAUCACAGGAGGCGGCGGAGCCAGCUUUGGAGUUGUCAUCGCAUACAAAAUCAAUCUUGUACGUGUUCCACAAACAGUUACUGUUUUCAGGGUCGAAAGGACCUUGGAACAGAAUGCAACAGACAUUGUGUACCGUUGGCAAUAUGUUGCACCUAAGCUGGAUACUGACUUGUUCAUCAGGCUUACCAUGGAAGUUGUAAAUAUUACUGGCGGUCCAUUAAGUACUGGUGGAGAAAACUAUAAGACUAUAAGAGCUUCAUUCAUUGGAUUCUUUCUUGGAAACUCUGAAAGACUUCUCUCUGUUAUGGAAACUGGCUUCCCUGAAUUGGGUUUGAAGCAAUCAGAUUGCAUUGAAAUGAGCUGGGUUGAAUCUGUGCUUUUCUGGACAAACUUCUCCAUUGGAACAGAGCCUGAAGCUUUACUUUCUAGAAAGCCUCAGAAAAUGAUCGAAUUUGAGGUACCGAUCAUGAGCUUUAACCCCUACGGUGGAAAAAUGAGUGAGAUUCCAGAAUCCGCUACUCCUUGUCCACAUAGAGCUGGGAAUCUUUGGAAGAUUCAGUAUGCAACAAAUUGGGAAGUAUCAGGGGCUGAGGCCUCAGAUUACCAUCUAAAUUUGACAAGAAAGCUUUACUUCUACAUGACUCCUUUUGUUUCCAUGAAUCCAAGGGAAGCCUAUUUCAACUAUAAAGAUCUUGAUCUGGGGAUCAACAACAAUGGCAAGGCAAGCUAUUUUGAGGGAAGAGCUUAUGGCAUUCGGUACUUCAAGGAUAAUUUCGACCGAUUGGUGCGUAUUAAGACCGAGGUCGAUCCUGGUAACUUCUUUAGGAAUGAGCAAAGCAUCCCAACUCUUCCAUAA